AUGAGGAAGCGUCCGUGUUCGGGUUUCAGCGUCACCGCCGGGCGCCCCGUUGUGGUGUGGGUGACACCAGACUGUUUCUGCCGAAAGCCCUACCUGCCCUCCGUGGCCCGUAGAAGGAUCGACUGCCCUGCUCAACAGAAAGAAAGUAGCUCGGCUAACGAAAGCGUCGUCACUCCAGACUGGGUCAUCGUCCGUGAUCGAACAACAUGUGUCGCGGAGCGCGCUGAAGUAGUUGAGCAGCUGGGCGCCCAUGGCGCUAUUCUCCAUGCUGGCCAUCAGCUCUGUUUUGAAGAAUACUCUACAGGAGUGAGGCGGCUGCACAUGCCAUGGCGGCUCUUUCGAAAAAGCAUUCACGAACCGGAGAUGCGCGCUGCCCUGGCACAGUUUGAGGUUCUCGGUACAUCGGUGCACUCGGUCUCGGAAGCGCUUUUUGCCGCAGAGACUGGUCUGGUCUCGUACCUGCUUGUGGGGACGAUGUUCGCAACCGCGUCGCAUCCCGAAAAAAGCAGCCCCGAAUUCAUAGAGGGAAUACCUCUCAUGCGGGCCGUAUCUCAGGCACUGUCUACGUCAUCGCUUCAUCUUUAUGGCAUUGGUGGUAUAACCCCGGGAAAUAUCAAUCAAGUUCUCGAAGCGGGUGCACACGGCGUUGCUACCAUUCGGAGCAUCGUUCCAGUUCUGGAAUAUGUGGCGUGCAAGUACGAGAAUCAUAGUGUGUGA